AUGAGCGCCCCGCAACUUUCUAUCCCGCUACGUAGCGAGUAUACACCCCCUCCCACCCCCGGCCGCGAAAAGCACGAAAACUCUUUCUCCGAAUGGAACAACCGCUCAACCGGCGAGAGCACCCCUGAGCGCCCGCCUACCCUCUCGAACCAGUAUAUCUGGCUCACUAUCUACUUCUUCUUCAACCUCGCCCUUACGCUCUACAACAAACGCGCUCUGAUAUCCUUCCCGUUUCCGUGGUUGUUGACGGCUAUCCAUGCUUUGUUUGGCGCUGUUGGUGCGGGAGCGCUCUAUACUGCUGGACGGUUUGAGCCGGUGAAGGGGUUGGGGAAGAAGGAGUGGGCGAGCGUGAUCGGGUUCAGCGGAUUGUAUACCGUUAACAUCGCGAUUUCGAACGUGUCACUGCAUUUGGUCACCGUUCCAUUCCACCAAGUUGUUCGUGCGACUACGCCUUUGUUCGCAAUGAUCAUCUCCAUCGUCUGUUUCCGCAAAUCCUACGGCAAGCAAACCUACCUCUCCCUCGUCCCCGUCAUCGGCGGUGUCGGAUUCGCGACAGCGGGUGAUUACUCCUAUACCCAAUUCGGUCUCAUCCUCACCGUUUUCGGCGCCAUCCUCGCCGCACUGAAGACUGUUCUCACCGGCCGUAUCUUGACCGGCAAACUCAAGUUCCACCCUCUUGAUCUAUUGUUGCGUAUGGCGCCCUUGGCUUGUGCGCAGAGUGUCGCUUACGCCUGGGUCACCGGCGAACUCGCCAGCCUCCCCGAAUGGUGGGAGAGCCAAGCCGCGAUGGGAAAACAAACAACAAUUACCUGGGGCCUCGCAAUCAACGGCCUUAUCGCGUUCGGCCUCAAUGUCGUCUCCUUCACCGCGAACAAGAAGGUGGGACCUGUGACUAUGACCGUUGCUGCGAACGUGAAGCAAGUCCUUACCAUUGUCCUUGCGAUUGGGAUGUUUCAUUUGCAUAUCAGCGGCCUCAACGCUUUUGGGAUUUUGUUGACGUUGUUUGGUGGAGCCUGGUACGCGAGAGUCGAGAUGCAGAAUAAGGCGAGGACCUGUGUUGCCGUUGACGAGUGUGGAUGA